AUGUUUGAUAGAGAAGGCUUUUUUACAAUAUCUCACCAGAGAUGUUAUAAGCAAAUUACUUCAAGAUGUAGUUAUCUUGUUGAUAAUUCUGAAGAGUAUGUAAAUCAUGUUAUUGAUCUUAGUGAAAAAUUAUAUAAUCUUGACCCUGAUCUUAUUCCAACAAAACUUUACUCAUAUUAUGCUCAAGCACAAGACAAAUGCUAUACUUUUUUAAAAUUUAUAAAACCUCAUUACAUUUCUAAACAAGAAUUUGAAGAAAUUUACACUUAUUUAGCAAAUUCAUCAGAUCAAAUGUAUCAAUAUCUUGAAGGAUUGAAUCAAGCAUAUUCAUACAAAUUUACGUUUUUCAAGUUUAUCUUACCAUAUAUUUAUUUCAGUAAUCAAAUCCAAAAUUCAUUACAAAUGAAGAUUGCUGAUUAUUAUAAUAAUAUUGACCACAAUGCAUGGGAUUUCGUUGAUACUGUUCAUAAACUUAUGAAAUUUCUUGCUGAAAAAAGUAAACUUUACAAACAACGAGUUACUGAAAAUGGAUUAGAUAACACCCUUAGCAAUGAUUUAAUUCGAUAUGUUACAAACUUUCAGCCACUUGCAUUAGGUAGUUUCUUAACUACAAAAGAUGAAUGGAAAAAGUGCCUUGAAUUUGCUGUUUCAAUUGAAGAACUAAUUCACAAAUAUCCCACAAAAAUUCCUGAAGUAUUCCAUACUACACGAAAUCGCUCAACACACAUUGAUCCAUGCAUCUCUACAUACAAAAUUUUACAUUGUUACAAUGUUAAUUCAAUUGCUGAAUUGAAACAGUUUUUAAAAUUAGAUUAA